AUGAAGGUUUUUGCUUUCCUCUCAGUCGCCACAGCUACCGCGAUCUACGCAACCACCAGCCAUCGCCGCUAUUAUGCGAGUGACAAUCACCGGGAUUACCCGAAUUUCUUCGCCGAUCCAAGGACCUCUUCAGGCUCCCGAUCCGCCAACUCCCAUUCUUCAUCCGACUCCUCUCCUGAUUCUCCUCCACCUGGCUCUCCAUCCGAUUCUUCUCAACGAUCCAUCCGCUCCGCCUCUUUCCCAGAACACUCCGACGACUUCACCAAUUCACACAUCCGCACCAUCAGAAACGCCAACGACGCUCUCAACGACUACCUGGAACAUGCCACCAUCAUUGCCCACCUUGUCAACGGGAUCGCCCUCCAGAGUGGAUUGAUGAAUGGAUCGAUUCCAGUGAACGACGUCAUCGGCGAGCUCCUCCAUCUGGGAUCUGUCGACGUGCCUUCAAUUGUCAACAUCAAAGCGGAUCAAGUAGGAUUAUUGACUCAGAAUGUGAAAAAGCUUCCGAGUGAGCUUGCCUCUGACCCGGAAAUCACCGAUUUGGAGAGCUUGUCGAUCGAAUGGGACAAACAGAUUGCCGAAUCUAAAUCUGUUGGUGACCUCCAAGGUUUUCUCAAGAACCAAUCAUAUUUCGAUGAAGCUGAGAAACUCAAAGAUAACUUCGAUUUCGUCGUGUGGACUCAAUUCGUGUAUGAUGUGAAUUCUCUGGAACAACACUUGACAGCGAUUGAAGACAUAGAAAAUCCAAAAACACCUCCCAAGGGUAUCAUUGAUAAUUUUCAAAAACUCAAAAAGUUUGAAGACAUCCCAAAAUCGUUUGUAGCCUUGAAAGACACUAUGAAAACACUGCUAUCUUACAAUCUAUUGCUCAAGGGACCUGAUGUUUUCAAGCCACUGGAGAAGAUCAUAAACCUUAUGAGAACUCGUAAAGUGACUUUGAUAGUUUCGAAUGAAAACAUCAAAAAGGUUAAAGAUAACAUUGAGAAAAUUCUCGAAGUAUCUCGUCAAUUUGGCGCAUCCCGUGAAGACUUUUCAAAGAUCUUAAAAUUGGCGGAAAGUAGAAGCAACCCUACUUCAUCAAAUAAGAAGUAUGGUGCUGGAUUCCCGAAUGGUGUUUCUGGUGUGAAACAACUGGAGCAGGAUGUUCGUGAGCUUUGGAUUGGAGAGAUUCUCAAAAUAGAAGUAACAAAAUUGAAUGAGUUUGCUGAUAGUCUGAAACCAUUAUUCAAUGUCAACGAUCGCUUAAUUGAAUUGGAUAAUCAGCUGAAGUCACUUUCAUCGUCUGAAUCGAAAGUUGCACUCUCGAAAUUCAAUGAUCUCCAAAUGGAAAUCACUGUUCUGACAAAAGAGUCAUCUGAAGCAUCUGAUGUGCUUAAAGAAUAUCCAGAUUGUGUAGCGAGUUCACCACCGGCACAUCCGAACUCCUACAAAACGGCUUCAGAACUAUUAACUCACGUGAAGUCUCUAAAAGAUAGUCUCAUGGCUAUUGUAUCUGCAGUAGAUACUUUUGGCCUUGAAGGAUUGCAAAAAGAAACGAAAGCUUUUGUUGAGUCCGUUGGCUUUACGGACACUACCUCCCCAGGAAAGGAAUUCAAAGAACUUGCAAAAAAAGUCAAAGCCAGUAAAAGUUUACAACCUCUCAAGAACCGUGUGAGUGACUUCAAGAAAUCCUACGACACGAUCACUGGACAAGGCAUAACUGAGAAGCUAGAAGCUAUCGCGAAAGGACAGAAUGAUCUGAAACAUGUUGCGUUCACUCAUAGUGUUCAAACCGAAUUAAAAGUGAAUAAUUGUAUCGAUAAACACUCGAAAAAAUCGACGUUGGUCGCACAAGCCGUUCAACUUAUUCAAAAGCUUCGACAAUUGGACUCAACAAAAAUCGAAGACGUUGAGAGUGUGUUCUCGGUUAUUUCUGCAGUUUCGAAAGAACUCUCAACUGCAAGCACUAUACCAGACACCAUGAAGGUUGACUCCAAAGGAAUGACUGAUGACACCAACAAACUUCCGGAUUCGUUGGCUAAAUCUGAAGUCAUCGGACGGUCUGUCAACUCACUCCGCAGUGCUUUUGCAUUGGGAGAUUUGGAGACGGAAGUCGGAAAGCUCAAGACCAUCGAUUCUGCAGUUCAGGCCGUGAUCAAGAAGAGUUCGGAUCCGAAAACCAUUCAGCAACAAUGGGGAGACCACAAGGAGGAUAUGGCUGAAUUGGACAAGACACUUGGUCAGAUUGAAUCAUUCGAAAAGAAUCUCAACGUCUCCAAUCUCACGACAAUCGGUGCUUACGGAACUCCUCUGACCGCUUUGGCUUCAUUGACUUCAGUCAAUAUGAAUGCGAAGGAGAAGUCGAAAGCUCUCGAUGCUCUUCUCAACGACGGAGCUCUCAAGAUAGAUCCAACAGUGAAGGAAAACAUUGAGGAGAGUAAGAAGACGUUGGAUAAACUCGCCGAUCUGGAUCUUGGAUUCGCAAGUCACACUACUCAAUUCCAAAGUGCUCCAUCUGUAUUCAACGAUCUCCAGAACUUCCUCACCAAACUUCUACAAGUUCCGAUGAGUCCGAGACAGCCGAGUGGUCAAGUUCCAGGAGCUCAAGGUGGUCCCGGUGGAGCAGCUGCAAUUCAGCAAGGUCAGAAGUCAAAAGAGGAGAAUGGAAUUACAACACUCCUCCUUAUUGUUAUAAUCGCCGUCGCGCUUCUCGCUGUUGUAGCUAUGGUAGGCGGUGGCUUCUGUGGAUUCAAAAAGUACACAGAACACAUCUGGCGUUCAAUGCUCGCAGAAUGGGAGAAGAAGCACUGCUUUAAGGACCUGGCGAAUGUGAAAGACGUUCAUUCUGGCUACAUGCAAGUGAUGGACGCCAACGUGGAAUUAUGGAGAAAGAAGGGAACCCUUGGCGAAGAGAAGAAACGACUCCUCACUCAAUCCUGUAAUCCGGACUCUGCACUGUUCGUACAGAAUGAGAACAAAGAAGUGAUGGUGUUCGCCAAUAAAGUCACAACGCUCGGUGGGCUCGACUUCAUUGCUACACACGCGCCAAAGGACCCUCAAGAAUUCUGGCAAAUGGUACUCUCUCAGAACCCAGAAUUCGUUGUUUCGUUGUGUGGGGAUAAAGAGAUGAAAACGCUGAACUGUGACUACUAUCCAAAGAAAGUAGCUAAACCGAAGAAAUUCGGUGAUUACACAGUUGCAUUGACGAGUGAAGAGACGGCUCCAAAAGACGUGAACAAGAGAAGUCUGACAGUGACUUGUGGAGAGAAAAGCUUGCAAUUGACUCAUCUUCAAGCAGUCAACUGGCCAGCUGGCGACGUUCCCGAUGAUCAUGAAACAGCUUUUGAGUUGAUGAAGUCGGUGAACAACAGCAAGUCACCCGUAAUUGUUCAUUGUUCGGAUGGAAACAGUGCAACAAUGUCAUUCAUCGGACUCCAAUUCAUCUUCGAAGAGGUCAGAAAACAUCCGAUAUUCAAUUUCGGUCAUUUUAUGCAUGAAAUGUGCGAAAGAACAUGGCAUCCUAUUGAGAAAUACACUUUCUCUGCUUGGACGGUUUUGGGUGUUCGCAAACAUCUGUAUGACGAGUGCAAGUUGGCAGAAGAGCACAAAGUCGAUUACGACAAUGACUUGAAGUUGUUGAAGGAUUUGAAAAAGGAGUGGAUCAGGGAAGAUGAAGCGAGGAAAGAAGCAAUUGAAGCGACGAAAGAGGCAGAAAGAGUUCGGCUGGCAAAUGAAAAGCAAAAACAGGACGAGGAAGAUGAUCGUCGGAAGAAGGAUCAAGAUAAAAUAGACAAUCUCAAUAAAGAAGUGGAUGAACUGAAGAAGGACAAAGAAGCACAACAAAAGUACUUAGAAACUAUUCAGGCUAAGAACAAUAAGAUAGAUGAGAAGAACAAUGAGAUAGAGAAGAAGAACAAACGUCUAAUCAAAGAGCUGGAAGAAAACCUUGCAAAGUUAACGAAAGAAGAGGCGGACCGGAAGAGAGAACUCAUCGAAUGGGUAACCAAAAACUAUAACGAGGACGUUGAUUCUCACUACGAUUUCCAUGACGUUUGUGUGCUCAAAUACAUGAAAUUGUUGAAAGUUGAUGUGGAUAGGGCUGCGGCGAAUCUGCCGUCCGGAAAACAGGCUUUCGACAAAUACUGUAAUCCAGACACAGCGGUCGAAGUGAUGCAGGAUGGUGUGAAGAUUCCAAUUCAUGCUAACUACGUUUCAUCAAAAAUCCCAAAUUGUACCAUAUUUAUCGCAACUCAGGCACCAACGAAACAGGGAUACAAUGGCUACUGUGAUGACACCACUGGUGACUUCUGGGCAAUGAUUUUCCAUCAUGACUCUGAUUUCAUUGUCAAUCUAUGCCAACAGAGCGAGAUGGCAACACUCGCCCAAUAUUUCCAUUCGGAACCGAAUAAGUCUGUGACUUGUGUGCGAUACAAUGUCCGCACCGAGUCUGCCGAUCUCGUUUUCAAGGAAGAAGUGAUGAAGAGAGUUCUAACAGUGACUGAUAUGGAGUCGAAGAAGGUUAAAACGGUCAUCCAUUUUCAACUAUUGAACUGGAUCGAUAAACGCAUUCCUAAGUCACACUACGCUGCCAUGGAGGUGAUGAACGUCGUCAAAAAGAGCAAGAAACACGUUGUGGUUCACUGUAAGGCGGGAGUCGGUAGAACAAUGUCGUUUAUUGGAUUGCAAUUCGUCUACGAGGAGAUUAGCAACAACCCGCAAUUCUCAACUGUUAUGGAACCGAUGCGUAAGAUGCGUGAGAUGCGUUGGGAAGCAGUGCAGAGUGUGGAGCAGUCGUUUUGGAUUUAUCUGGGUGUUGUGCUCCGUUUAGUUCGGGAACUCGGUCUUGAUAUGUCCUACUACGAUAAACAGUUUGCACUGUUGCCAGCGUACAGGAGGAAGUAUAUAGAUGACAUGAAGGCAAAGAAGAAGAAAGAGAAAGAGGAGAAAGAGAAGGCAAAUAAAAAGACUAAGACGGAGGAGAAAUGA